GAAUUUCUGUUCAUUGGAAUGGAAUGAGCAGAGUAUUCCCGUUCGCCAAGUGUGCUUCUUGUUCGUUUCGUGAUGGUCUCAUUCCGCGUAAUAGUAGUAUGACAUCUAUAUCUGUCUGACUGUUAGAAUGAGUCGCUACGAAGUUCUGGCCGUUGUGCGAAAAGGCCUGUCAAGGUCUGCUCUCAAGUCCGUUAUCAAGUCUGUUUCUAAAAAUGUUGUCGAGAGUGACGGUGUUGUACGCAAUGUGAGGGCUGUUGGAGAGAGACGGCUGCCUUUGAAAGCAAGCUUCCAUGGUAUCGCCGCUGAUUUGGAUGGCACGAAAGUGUUCAUUGAUUUCGUUGCCGAUAAAGCCAAAGUGGAGCCUGUGCUAGGCAGUAUGAUCGAUCACCCACACAUAGUACAUCAGAGAGUAUUGCACCUUCCUGACACUGUGGAUAGGAAUGAAGAAGCUGUUGCUGAACUACAGGAGAAACUUGAGUUUGAUCACAGAGUUGCUCUAUCAACAGCCACGCCAGUUUCAGAUGAAAUGGAUGUUACCGCAGUGGGCAGAGAAGUGGUCGGAGAAUUGCUGGCUGGUGAUUUAACUGUUGAACCAAUAUCGGAGAAGGACAUUGAGGCCAUUGAAAAAGCUGCUCUGUCAACAGCCACACCAGCUGCAGACGAGAUAGAUGUUGCUGCAGUUGGAAAAGAAGAUGUCAGUGAAUCGUGGGUUGGUGAUUCAACCGCCCAGACAAUACCAGAGAAGGACGUCGAUGACAAAGCUGCUCCGUCAACAGCCACACCAAUUUCGGACGAGGUAGAUGUUGCUUCAGUUGAACAUGAAGAGAUCGGUGAAUCGCUGGCUGGUGAUUCAACUGCUCAGACAAAACCAGAGAAGGACAUCGAAGAUGAAACUGCUCCGUCAACAGCCACGCCAAUUUCGGAUGAGGUAGAUGUUGCUGCAGUUGAACAAGAAGAGAUCGGUGAAUCGCUGGCUGGUGAUUCAACUGCUCAGACAAUACCAGAGAAGGACGUCGAUGACAAAGUUGCUCCGUCAACAGCCACGCCAAUUUCGGAUGAGGUAGAUGUUGCUGCAGUUGAACAAGAAGAGAUCGGUGAAUCGCUGGCUGGUGAUUCAACUGCUCAGACAAUACCAGAGAAGGACGUCGAUGACAAAGUUGCUCCGUCAACAGCCACGCCAAUUUCGGAUGAGGUAGAUGUUGCAGUUGAACAAGAAGAGAUCGGUGAAUCGCUGGCUGGUGAUUCAACUGCUCAGACAAUACCAGAGAAGGACGUCGAUGACAAAGCUGCUCUGUCAAGAGCCACACCAAUUUCGGAUGAGAUAGAUGUUGCUAAGGAAGAGGUCGACGAAUUGCUGGCUGAUGAUUCGACCACCGGAGAAGGACGUCGAUGAUAAGACUGCUCUGUCAACAGCUGUGCCAGUUUCAGAUGUGAUAGAUGUUGCCGCACUUGGAAAAUAUGCGAAUCGCUGGCUGGCAAUUCAACUAUCCAGCCAAUAUCAGAGGAGGACAUCGAUCGCAAAGCUGUCCCGCUAACAGCCACAUCAGUCUUGGUUGAGAUAGAUGUGGCCUCUGGUGACAAAGAAGGUUGGUGAAUCGUGGAUUGGUGAUUAAACUGCCCAACCCAUACCACAGAAGGACAUUAAUGACAAGGCUGCCUCUGCCAUGAAGCUUGCAGUUCCAGCCCAUGUUUGGUUUCCCGCCAUCGUGAACUUGUGCAGCAUGUAUGCUACAUGACUUUAUAUGUGCCCUGGUUAUGAUAGUAGCAUGUAUGCUACAUGUCUAGCCCUGUUUAUGACAGCAGUAUCAACACGGAACACUGCACACAUGUGCUCGGUCAUGUACACGCCAUGGUAUGCGACCCAGGGUCUUUCCGGCGGCUUGCUUGGUAUCCAGACGUGUGCAGAUCAGGGCAGUGUGAAUAAUUGGUCAUACUGAUGUAUUACAAAUUGCCAUGCAGUCUGUGUGCAGGCAUAGAGGAUGAUCAAGUAGAAUGUUAACAAAACCAAUUAUAAUUCUCUUCCGGGAGAGGUGCCAUGCCAACUUCAGAGUAUUGCCUGUAUCCCCAUCCCACUCUGUAUUUCCCAUGUACAUCUUCAAAAGGACACAAUGAGAAAUAUAA